UAUAUGAGAAAUUAGAUGACUUCACUAAAAUUGAAAGCUUCUUCUGCAAUGGCAUUCCCAUCCACACAAAAAUAUUGUUUCUUUAUUGUAGCUCUGAUCUCCAUUGUUGUCUCCUGCUGCAAGUCAGAAUUAACAGAACAUGAUCCAAGUCAACUUGUUGCAAAAGCAUUACUGUGCUUCAAUAAUAAAUAUAUUUAUAGUAGCUGUGAGGAAACUUAUAGAUUGAAGGAGAGUGGAAACGUCAGUGUCCCUCAUGAAGCAACCGAUGAAUACUGCAAUGGGCCAUGCCUGGAGGAGACAAACCUUGUGCUCCAUUGCAUCGAUGGCAUCUUAUUCAACUUCUUGUUUCACAACAAGGCAACUGUACAAGACAUAAGAGCUACACUCAAUGCAGGAUGUGGCCACACCAGUGAAAGAGGGAACUUCAAUGUUGCAGAGCACAUUCAAGAUGAAUAUAGCCAUGGAUACAGUGAAAAACCCCACCUGAUGUGCCUCUAUCUGUCUGUGUCCAUGAUCACCCUCUUUGCUUUCUUGUUCUAGUAUACAUCUCUGUGGCUCUUACUGAAAUGUUAAAAAAAG